GUCAUUUUUGACAUUGGAUCUUCCGGAUACAGUCAAAUCUCGUGUCGUAUCGUCAAACCUCAUUUUGAUUAAACUAAUGAAUAGACACGCCUUUAAAGAUCGAUACAUCUUUUUAUAACGCAUAUACAUUCAUAAUCCACCUUCAAAUCCUUAUUUUUUUCUAACAUACUCCUUGGUUGCCUCAGUCGACAACACAAUGUCCCGCCAUCAAGCAUAUCGUAAUUACGAUUACGAGAAUGAUCUCGACGAAUACGAAGGAGAAGGAUACUCAGAUGAGGGAGAAGAGUUAAGCCCAGAGGACAAGGCCCAGAUGGACGCCGGUACAGCCCAAAUUCGAGCCGCGCUUGGAACUGAAUCGACAAAAGUCACAACCCAACAAAUACAAGAGGCGCUAUGGCAUUACUACUACGACGUCGACAAGUCCGUAACCUAUUUGGUUUCCAAAUUCAUCGCGCCCGCAAACAAAAAGAAGGCCGGAGCGCCAAGUCCGGAUGAUGUAGUGUUGACAGCACAGUCCCAAGCAAGCGGCAAGAAGAAUGCGGCUAAUACAAGCAAGAAGAAGGUCGAUGUGGGGGGGAAGAGUGACUCAACUUCAGACGGCAUAAAAGGCCUGAAGAUUGACGACACCCCGCUACCUAAGAGCAAGAACCUCGACGUCCUAAAGGAGUUCGAGAAAACAAAAAGCAAGAAAAGUGCAAGUUUCGUGGUUGUCGGGCAUGUGGACGCUGGCAAGAGCACCCUGAUGGGGCGGUUACUAUUGGAUCUCAACGUUGUGGAUCAAAGAACAAUACAAAAAUACCGUAAGGAAGCAGAAAGUAUAGGGAAAUCCUCAUUCGCGCUCGCAUGGGUGUUGGAUCAACGGUCAGAAGAACGAUCAAGGGGUGUAACUAUCGACAUUGCGACAAACAAGUUCGAGACGGACAACACAUCGUUUACUAUUUUGGAUGCGCCUGGUCACCGCGAUUUUAUUCCGAAUAUGAUAGCGGGCGCGAGUCAGGCGGACUUCGCUAUCUUGGUGGUUGACGCGACGACCGGAGCCUUCGAGGCGGGUCUCAAGGGUCAAACAAGGGAACACGCCCUACUUCUUCGUAGCAUGGGGGUAUCGCGUAUAAUUGUCGCCGUUAACAAGCUGGACACAGUCGGAUGGUCCCGAGAACGCUUCGACGAGAUCUCGCAACAAGUAUCCGGUUUCUUAACAGCAACGGGAUUUCAACUCAAAAACGUCAGUUUUGUUCCCGUUUCCGGUUUACAAGGAGACAACAUAGUACACAAGUCCACGGACGCAGACGCUAGCUGGUACGACGGAAAAACGUUAGUUGAGGAAUUGGAGAGCUCGGAGCCAAUGGCUCGAGCGUUGCACAAGCCGCUACGCCUAACUAUCUCUGAAGUCUAUCGGUCUACACAAAGUCCGGUGACGGUAUCAGGAAGGAUAGAUGCUGGGUCACUGCAGGCGGGCGAUGCGCUUUUGGUCCAACCUAGUGGGGAGAAGGCCUAUGUUAAGUCCUUAGAGCUCGACGAAGAACCGGUGGAAUGGGCUGUGGCGGGCCAGAAUGUUGUCAUUCACCUGAGCAAUAUCGACCCAAUCCACGUACGCGCCGGAGAUAUCAUUUGCGACACGAAACAGCCAAUUACGUGCAUUGAUACGUUUACGGUCAAGGUUCUUGCGUUUGAUAUUCUGAUGCCUAUGCAAGUGGAUGUUCAUCGGGGUCGCCUUCAUGCGGCAGGGCAGAUCUUGGAGAUACCGGCACUUCUCGAUAAGGCGAAAGGUACGGUAUUGAAAAAGAAACCCAGGAUUGUGAAGCCGGCAAGCGUCGCGAGGGUAGUAGUUAAGAUGGGGACUGAAGUACCUUUGGAAGAGGGCCAGCGAGUUGUAUUAAGAAGCGGAGGUGAGACGGUGGCCGCGGGGUUAUUGGAAUGAGAGCGUCGCAUUGCUAUAUACCUACAUAGAUAUAAUACACUGAGGUGCUAUGCCACGUUUGAGGCCCCCAUAUUGAAUACCAGCCGCACUCUAUUUAGAUG